AUGCACUCUCCAGGGAAAAAAAAAACCUAUCUAGCAAUACACACACCAAACGAGCAUGUGCAGCUUGCUCCCAACCCUCUAUCCUAUCAGCAGAUGGACUUGGGACAUUAAAAGGAGGAGAGGAUCAGAGAAGACAGGAUCAAACAUCCUUUUUACACAAUGCAGAGGAUUAACUCCUUAGGUUCCACAGUGAGUAUAACAAGCAUGCUUUUACUGCCAGGGGCGGACUGACCAUUUGGAAACUCUGGCACUGCCCGAGGGCCCGGGGUCAGUAGGGGGCCCC